CCUCAACAUGGCUUCUACUACAACCACCACCACCACAACCCCAGCUGUUGCCGCCGCCAAAGAACCUCAGCCCGCCAUGGACUUCCUUCAUCACCCCUACACUCGUGCGGCGCUUCCCUUCGUCAAUGGCGGUCUUGCUGGCAUGACCGCUACUGUAGUCAUUCAGCCCAUUGACAUGAUCAAAGUCCGUUUGCAAUUAGCCGGGGAGGGUGUGCGCACCGGACCUCGACCCUCGGCCUUUGGCGUAGCUCGCGACAUCAUCGCGUCUGGCAAGGUACUCGAUCUUUACACGGGUCUAUCUGCUGGUCUCCUUCGUCAAGCUGUCUACACUACCGCCCGCCUGGGUUUCUUCGACACCUUCAGCAAAAUGCUCAACAAGCGCGCAGAGGCUGCUAACCGUAAGGUCACCUUUGCCGAACGCGCGGGGGCCGGAUUGACUGCUGGUGGUAUUGCAGCCAUGAUUGGCAACCCGGCCGAUUUGGCCCUGGUCCGUAUGCAAUCGGACGGCCUCAAGCCUCCCGCAGCGCGGGCCAACUACCGCUCGGCGCUGGACGCGCUUGUCCGCAUCUCCAAGUCGGAAGGUGUUCCAGCCCUGUGGGCCGGUGCCUUGCCGACCGUUGUGCGCGCGAUGGCCCUCAACGUCGGUCAAUUGACCUUCUUUGCGGAGUCCAAGGCUCAAUUGAAGGCCCACACCAAUUUGUCGGCCCAGAGCCAGACCUUUGCCGCCUCUGCGAUCGCCGGUUUCUUCGCCAGCUUCCUCUCGCUGCCAUUUGACUUUAUCAAGACUCGUCUGCAGAAGCAGCAGAAGGAUCCCUUGACCGGCAAGCUGCCGUACAAGGGCCUGCUGGACUGCGCGCGUAAGGUAGCGCAAGAGGAGGGUUGGUUGCGAUUCUACCGCGGCUUCGGCACCUAUUAUGUGCGGAUCGCUCCUCAUGCCAUGGUUACACUGAUUGUCGCCGACUACCUCAACCUCAUCACCAAGUAG